AUGAAUGUUAUUGGUAAACUGAAAUCGAGUUCCGCUCUGAAUCGUCUCUCAUUUCAGAGUGAACUGGAAAUAAUCGACUCGACAUCGCAAGGAUUGUCAAUUGAUGAUGCCGCACACCUGUUGGCACGUUUUGCGUUACUGGCCGAUGUUUUCAUAUUCGCGUCUGGAAUCAAUUUCGGAGACUUGGAGCAAGAGAAAAAUAUGCCGAGUGGAGGCAUUCUCAGACAAACUCUUCGUUUAGUAUCAACAAUAUCCGUUCGUAAUAUAUUGGCGUGUCGUAUGCAACGAGGCGAUAUGCAUCGUGCAGAUUCGUAUCGAGAUGCGAAACAACUCGAACGUGCUAAAAAUAUCGCACUUUUCGUUCAAGGCGCCUUGGAGAAGAAAAGUGAGACUGUAAUGGAUCCGGAUCGUUUGCUGCAAGAAGUUGAUUUACAGAGACUGAAAGGCAUUGUUUAUCGAGAUAUG